AUGAGCGUCACCUACCAGUCCACAAACCAGAGCAUCGAGCAGUGGUGGUUCUUGAGGGAAGGAGAAACUGGCCUGCAUCUCUUCACUCGGGUCACCUACUUCAAUCCGGAGACACCGUAUCUUCGAGAUCUGGGCAACACGACUUCGGAUGCCUAUGUGCAGCAGUACUCCGACUACUUCACCAAAUACACAUUUUCUGAGCUUUGGCGGGAUCACCAAGCCCACGGCCAAUACUCCAAUGGGAGAACAAGCUCGGAUGGGAACCCGUAUGGGGCGUGGUUGGUGCAUAAUACUCGGGAGACAUACUACGGUGGCCCUCUCCACUCGGAUCUCGUCGUUGACAGUAUCGUGUAUAACUACUUGGUCAGUGCCCACCACGGCGCCCGUGUGCCAAACAUCACAGACGGCUUCGACCGUACCUGGGGUCCACAGUACUACCAUUUCAACAAGGGAACCCCGAAUCCCACACUCGCAGAACCUUGGGCGGAUGCCGCUCAGUAUGCAAAUCCGCAGUGGAACGCAGACUUUUACGACAGCAUUGCACAAUAUGUGCCCAACUACGUACCAACAGCAGGCCGCACAACCUUCAAGGCACCGAUCGAGCCGCCCGAGGGCGCAGAAAGACCGAUUGUCGUGCUUGCUGAGAACAAGCAGGACUUCCAACUGAACGUGUUCAACCAGUCUAGCUUACAGUACUGGGCCGACCUUGACCCUGAUACCGGGGCAGUGGAGAUCCCCAUGGUCAAGACAGGCGUCUACAGACUGACGAUCUACGCCGACGGGAUCUUCUGGUGGUUCAUCCAGGACGACGUAGAGGUAUCAGCUGGAGCGGAGGUCCUCGCCAUCAAGUGGGAACCAGAGAGCGCCGGCCAGGAGAUCUGGCGGAUUGGCAUCCCAGACAAGUCCUCGGGGGAAUACAAACACGGCUACCCAACCGACACGUCCAAGCCCGAGCAGCCCGAGCAGCAUCGCAUCUACUGGGCCAAGUGGGACUUCCCAACCGACUUCCCCGACGGCGGCGUCUUCAAGGUCGGGGAGAGCACCGAGGCGGAAGACUUCAACUACAUCCACUGGAGCGUGUUCCCCAGAACGGCGAACUACCUGCGUCCGGAGCCGUACUACGAGAACGUCAACUGGACCAUCCAGUUCGACCUGACCGGCGACCAGUUCGCAGGGGUGCAGGAGGCAACGUUCAACGUCUACCUUGCGGGCGUGAAGACGGCCAAUGGCAAUAACAAGUGGGCGAGUCUUCCUGAUGAGAAGUACUCUAACGUUCCCUACACGGUGGCCGUCAAUGGAGAAGACGUCGAGACCUGGGUCAUUCCGUCCUAUCGAAGCGGGUCUUGUGGUGUGCGGAGCAGCGUCGUGUGCCAGAACUUUGGCCAUAAAUUUGUCUUCUCGACGAAGCUGCUGCACGAUGGCGUCAACGAGUUUAUUCUGAGCCUGCCGUUCAACGCGACGGAUGUCGAGACGGCGCCGCUGCUGGGGACGAUAUAUCUGCAGUACGAUGCCUUGAGGCUGGAGCUGGCGUAG